GGUAGGAAGAGAACAGCAACCCCCAGACUAACCAUCCACCAACCUGUUACGUAAUGAUCCCUCAUCGCCGCCUAUCACCUUCUGUUUGCUAAGUAGCUAUCUCUACGGGGAAAGUGGGUGUAAUGGGUAGAUGCGGACACUAACGUUAGCAAAAAAUAACGCUCCUGUCAGAACAUCACAUCCCUUAAAACCACAACCAUGUUCGGCCGGUCACGGAGCUGGGUUGGAGGACAGGGGAAAACGAAAAACAUCCAUUCCUUGGACCAUUUGAAGUAUAUGUACCAUGUCCUGACAAAAAACACCACAGUGACGGACCACAACCGAAACCUUCUUGUGGAGACCAUCCGCUCCAUCACAGAGAUCCUCAUCUGGGGGGACCAGAAUGACAGCUCGGUGUUUGACUUCUUCCUGGAGAAGAACAUGUUUGCCUUCUUCCUGAACAUCCUGCGUCAGAAGUCGGGACGCUACGUGUGCGUCCAACUCCUCCAGACCCUCAACAUAAUGUUUGAGAACAUCAGCCAUGAGACUUCCCUCUAUUACCUGUUAUCGAACAACCAUGUGAACUCCAUCAUCGUCCACAAGUUUGACUUCUCAGACGAGGAGAUCAUGGCCUACUACAUCUCCUUUCUCAAGACCCUGUCACUGAAACUCAACACCCACACCGUGCACUUCUUCUACAAUGAGCACACUAAUGACUUUGCCCUGUACACCGAGGCCAUUAAGUUUUUCAACCACCCUGAAAGCAUGGUCCGCAUCGCAGUCCGGACCAUCACACUCAACGUCUAUAAAGUUUCAUUGGACAACCAGCACAUGCUGCACUACAUCAGGGAUAAGACGGCGGUGCCAUAUUUCAGUAACUUGGUCUGGUUCAUCGGCAGCCACGUCAUCGAACUGGACAAGUGUGUGCAGACGGAUGAAGAACAUCGGAACAGAGGGAAGUUGAGUGACCUGGUAGCGGAGCACCUGGACCACCUGCACUACCUGAACGAUAUCCUCAUCAUCAACUGUGAAUUCCUUAAUGAUGUGUUGACCGACCACCUCCUCAACCGCCUGUUCCUGCCCCUCUACGUCUACUCUUUGGUUAUCCCUGAAACGUCUGAAGAGCGAAAGAUCAACCCUCAGGUGUCCCUCUACCUGCUGUCUCAAGUGUUUCUGAUCAUCCACUACCACCCGAUGGUCAACGCUCUGGCCGAAGUGAUUCUCAACGGAGACCUGUCUGUCUUCACCCCUCAGACGGAUAUUCUCAGCACACACAAGAACACGGCCGGUGCAGGAGCGGUGCGGUGCUUCACGAAGCCAUCGGAGUCUCUGGAGCGCUCCCUGGAGCUGUCCCGCCAACGCGGCCGCAAGAGGACUCAGAAGAGGCCAAACUACAAGAACCUGGGCGAGGAGGAGGACGACGAAAGGGCUGGGGGAGGAGGAGGAGGAGGAGGAGCGGAGGAGGGCUGGGACGACGACAGCAGCAGAGGAGUAGAGAGAGAGGGAGGCAGGGAGAAGGGCAAAGAGAUCGAGAUGGUGGUGAUGGAGAAGUGCAAGGUGUCGGAGCUGACGGAGCAGAACAUCACUGAUGAGGAGAAGACGGCUGCAGCCACCCGCACACACACACAGAGGAGCAGACCGUUCUUAGACAUGGUGUACAGUGCUCUCGACUGCACCACCGACGACUACCACGCCCUGUUCGUCCUCUGCCUGCUUUAUGCUGUCUCUCACAGCAAAGGUAUAAACCGAGGUCUUCUGGAGCGUCUGCAGCUGCCGGUCCCUGACCAGGAGAAGAGCUGCUACAGCCUGGUGCUGGUGGAGAGGCUGAUCAGAGUGAUAAGCCAGGCAUCACAGCCAGAUGGUAAAGUGCGACUGGCUACGCUGGAGCUGUGCUGCCUGUUGUUAAAGCAGUCGGUGCUGUCUGGAAGCCAGUGCAUCAUCAAAGACGUUCACCUGGCCUGCCUGGAGGGUGGUAGAGAAGAAAGUCUGCAUUUACUGCGGAGAUUCUACAAGGGCGAGGAGAUCUUUCUGGACAUGUUUGAAGAUGAAUACAGGAGCAUGACGAGUAAACCUCUGAAUGUGGAGUAUCUAAUGAUGGAUGCAUCGGUGCUGCUGCCUCCCACCGGGACCCCUCUGACCGGCAUCGACUUUGUCAAAAGACUUCCCUGUGGGGACGUGGAGAAGACACGCAGGGCGAUCCGUGUCUUCUUCAUGCUGCGGGCCUUAUCGCUUCAGCUUCAGGGAGAAGCUGAGACGCAGCUGCCUCUGACCCGAUCUGAAGACCUCAUCAAGACCGACGAUGUCUUAGACCUCAAUAACAGUGACCUUAUAGCCUGCAUGGUGGUCAGUAAAGAUGGAGGCCAGGCACAGAGGUUCCUCGCUGUCGAUGUGUACCAGAUGAGUUUGGUGGAGCCAGAAACCAAGCGCCUCGGAUGGGGCGUGGUGAAGUUCGCCGGCCUUCUGCAAGACAUGCAGGUGUCUGGCGUGGAGGACGACAGCAGAGCGUUAAACAUCAUCAUCCAUAAGCCCAGCGCCAACCCCCACGCCAAGCCCCUGCCCCUCCUGCAGGCCAACUUCAUCUUCGCCGACCACAUCCGCUGCAUCAUCGCCAAGCAGCGGCUGGCCAAGGGUCGCAUCCAAGCCCGACGCAUGAAGAUGCAGAGGAUCGCAGCUCUGUUGGACCUGCCGGUGCAGCCCAGUGCAUCGGAGGUGUUGGGUUUCGGUCAGACCUCCAACGCUUCACCCAGCGGGCUGCCUUUCAGAUUCUACGAGCAGUCGAGACGGUCGCCCAAUGACCCGACAGCGAACAGAGCCGUGUUCGCCUCUGUAGAUAAAGUACCAGGUUUCGCAGUGGCUCACUGUGUGUCGCACAGUCCCUCGCCCCUCUCCUCCCCCUCUCCUCCCUCCAGUGGGAGUGGGAGCACAGGACGAUGUGACUCUGUUACUGCGAGCACUGUAUCGGCUCAGAGCCCCACAGAUGAUGCUUUUCUGGAGCACACCCCCCCCUCCUCCUCGGUUGGAGACGGGGAAGGUGGAGAUGUAACGCUCGUCUCCUCUGCUCCAGUAGCGGCUCUGGCCCCCAGCCUCACCCCGGCGUCGCAGCCCACCAUCUCCCUCCUCACCGACAACAGCGCAGAGACCCUCAGCGUGGAGUCGCUCACUCUGCUGCCCCCCUCAGACUCACCCCACCUGCACCCCUGCACCAGCCACACCCCCGCCACACUCUCCCUCCAGAGACCAGACGCCGUCAUCGCAGAGGAGGAAGAGGAGGAUGAAGAGGGGGAGGGAGACAGGAAAGAGGAGGAGCUGCAAGAAGAAGACGGGUCGCCUGAGGAGGAGACGGUAAGAGAGGAAACCACUGACGAGGCUGCGAAAGAAGUGGAGGAAGGAGAUGAAGAUGCUCCUGUAGAGGUGAACUCAGACCAACAAGCCACAGAGUAUGUAACCGAAGACACAGACGUACACAGUGACACACCAGACUCCCCUGAACUGGAUUAAACCACAAACACACACACACACACACACACACACGUUCAUGCACUUAACAUAUCUCUCACACACUAAGAAGACAGUGAAGUGUGAUAGUUAAAGUACCCAGCUCUGCUGCAGUAUAUUUUCCCGUUGCGACCUGUAGAUAUUCAUCAGAGGAUUUGGAAGCAUUUCAGCAUUUGCACAUGAAGGAAGACUCUUUUUACUCCGAGAGAACUAUUCCAGGAAGGCUUAAAGCACAUUUGGGUUUCCGAGCACUUGAGUGUGUCCGGUUGUGUUUUCAGUGAGCGUGUGUAAAGGCGCGCAACCAGCAACGUUUUUUACUCAUAACGAUUGUUUGUCAGCUCAGAGACACACACACACACACACACACACACACUGCGCUGUGAGGUGUUACAGACCUGUUCUAGGUUUGUGUCUUUCUUUCACCUCUAAUGAUUUGUGGCGGUAGUCACUUCGAUGCUAACACACACACACACACACACACACACGCUGUACACACAAUACAGACAAAGUCAGCUGCACUUGCCUUCAAACUGCUGUGUGUCACACCCGUUAGCAGUUACUGCCACCUAGAACUGCCAUUGGGUGGUGUGUGUGUAUGGGCUCCGAUGAUUUAGCGACCUAGGUUGUGUGUGUGUGUUUUUUACUUUUUGUUUUAGGUGUAAAGUUACCUGUUAAUUUCCCAUUUACUGACAUCUUGCAGCAUUUGCUGUGAACCUGAAAUGUACUGUGCCCUCCCCUCUAGUAAACGUGGAUUUAUUCAUCUCGGGAUGUGUGUGAAAGCAGCUUUUUGAAUGUCAUCACAGCCAGCACACACUCUGUGUCCGUAAUGUCCAUCUCUUGGGCUGACAGUUUAUCGCGGCUUGCUCGAGUGCCGUGUAAAACUUGUUUUUUGGUUUUUCCGAUAUGCAACAGUAAUCAACAAACUUUGACCUCAUUGGAUUUUCACUAACCCUCUUCCCGUAUCCAACUUGUAAAGUGUGGUGUGGUUUUCACCAAUCAGCACCCUGACUGAGAGGAUAAUUGAUUUGAAGGAUCUGAAUGGAGCUGAAUAAGUGGUACAGCAGUUAUAUAAUAUGGAUAGCCAUUCACUGAGUCAAUUAUUCAGUCAGGCGUUCAUUCAUGUCUACAUGGAGCGUUUCCGUCUGUCGCAACACCGGUGAAAUUACGUUUUACUCAUCUAAAAUAAUGAGUAUUUUUGAUACAAUUAGGAGUAUAGAUAUAAAAUAAAAUAAAAGGUGCUUAAUUCAAUUCUGACAGUAUCGUAGAGGGAUGUAGUUUAAUAUAUAUCAGGAAUGUUAGACUUUAAGAGACACCAUUUGAAAUAACAUCCAUUUCUUCAGUCCUACACACUACUACAACACUGGGUUGAAUGUAUCUGCUGGUGACCCCUCAGACACUGACCUGAGUUCAGUUUGACUCCAUGACUGUGUUUUAAGUGGAUAAACGCUCUCAAAGCACCAUUUGCUGGUUGGAAAGACCUGUUUUAUAAUUACCCUAGGAAAACCACAAAAAGAAAGAAAAAUACAAUAAAAUCCCCAUCCAACUACCGGUUAACUCUAAAACACCCAUCCUCCAGAAAAAGUACAAUUUGCUUAAUUUCAUGCAAAAACCUAAAUCAUAGUGUAAAGUUUUUGUCUCAUCAAAGUUGACACACAGCUUUAGUUUAAAACCUGGUCAAAUCACCCAAGAAACGAAAGCUUUCCUGGUAAAUGGGGAGUCAUUUCUUCAGAAGCUGCUCUGAGGUCAGUGUCCACCUCCUCCCUUAAUCAGCUGAACAAAGCUUUACUACAGCAAUAAUGUAAAGAGCUAACCAAUGAGGGGCGAGAUGAAUGUAACGGAUGACUUAUCUCUCUGAACAGCUGUGUUAUUACUUCAUUUUGAAUGGCAUCAGUGUAUUUGAUCCUUAUUUCAUGACUUGAUUUGAUCAAAGCAGUGUCACAGAUUCUCUUGAACAUAAAACUCCUCUAAUAUCAUUUUAAUUCCUUUUUAUCAAUGUCAUAUUCUCUACUUCCUCCUUUGCUCUUCUUUGUCUGCUGUUAUCUUGCAUCUAAAGUCUUAAUGCUCGACAUUUCUCCGUACAGUCAUCUUUUUUUCGUCCGUCUAUUUCCAUCUUGCUACUGUAAAUAGCAGAAGAAUGAUAGUGAUGAUCACUGGCGUGCUGAAGAGGCUUGGCACAAUUUGUAGAGCAGCUUCUGAUGGUUCAAAAAAACAUGGCGGCAUGUCGCCUGUAACCAUUGGCAACCUCUAACCACACAUGUCAUGACAAGCUUCCAUUAUUAAGUCUCUGAUUGUAGUGUGUGUGUAUGUAAUAUGUUUAUAUGCUCUGUAAAUGCAUUUUGCUUUUAAAAAAAACCUGUAAUUAUUGUUAAUUAACUGAAACAGAGGAAUAAAUAAAGAACUGCAAUAAAUUAUUCUACUUAACGAGU